UUGCGUCCUAGCAACCAGAUGUACCGUUAACAUCCGAGUGAAGAGACUUUUAAGAUGGAAGCGGAAGAGUUUAUUUCGUCAUUUUCUUACCAUUAAACAUACAGAAGUCGUCGUAUUUGGAGUCCCAUGGAAGACGCACAAAAUCCAUACAUAUAUCAACAGAUAUGUGUCGACCAAGGGAUUUACAUGCCGAUCACUGAAAACACGGUAGAAAAGCCACCGGAGAAGAAGAAGAGAAAAAGAAGAAGGUCUCAAAAACAAUGGGAAAGGUGGAUGAAAUACCGUGAAAAGAAAUACCUGGAACGUGUUCUAAACAAGGGCUGUUUCACUGAACAAGAUUACAAAAAACACCUAGAUGAAAAAAAUCAAAUAUCUGUUGAUCCUCCGAUGGUUUGGGUUCCUGUAGAAGAAACAGACGUAACAAAUUGUCAUGACGUCAUCUAUUACCCAGUGUAUUACCCAUAUCCUGUAUAUUAUCCUACAGACGCGGCCAUUCAAUGGCAACAUCAAAAUAUUUCAGCUAUUGAGUAUAGCGAGUGUUUACAGUACUCGGAUCAGAUGUAUUACGAACCAGGAUUGACGUCUGGUAAUUCUAGCGAAGAUUACGAGCAGGUUCAACAGGUACUUUCACUGGAGCAAUCAUUUGGAAAUACGUGUACCGCUAGUGAAAGCGAUGUUAAGCUCGAGCAAGUUGCCAACAAAGUGGAUACGCCAUCAGAAACAGAUAUUGAUACAACAUCCGACUUGUCCGCUGACGAGAAAGCCCCUGUGUUUCUUCCAAGUCCUUCAAGUCUUUUCGCGCCACAUUUACCCGCCACAACACGUGACCAGGAGGAUUUCUGUAACAUGAAAGACAUGGAGGAAAGCCUUGAGCGACUGUUAUGUACGGAGUCUGAGGUAGUAGGUGAGGAGUCUGAGGUAGUAGAAGACGUUUCCGACGAUGAUGACGAGGCCGACGGAAUUUUGUCAUUGUACGCUUCAAGUGGUAUUCAUGUCAAGUUUAAGUAGGCGACAUGCAAAAAGAAGAGGACGUAUCAGAAAUUUGGCUUGAAUGUAUGAAAUGACAAAAUAAAAAAAAAUCUGCCUUGGAAACUAUA